AUGGAGGAGAGGGCUCGAUUCGCAGUGAUAUGGAAGCAGGCAAAGGAUCAAUACCGGACAGCGACAAAUGAGGACCUGGACGACCCUUCGCUGGCUCACCCCGCUACGGCUGAUGAUCUCCUCUCGUCGUUAGACAAACAAAAUAGCGAUUUCAAAGCCUUUCGGGAGAAGCGAUCGCAGAUUUUCAGCACCGUCGCUGCUGUCUGUCGACCUAUCGAGGCUUUCGCAGACUUGGCUGGUGACGCCUUGUCCACGUUUUUCCCAGCCAAAGUAUGCUUUGGUGCGGUUAAGUAUCUGGUAGGUGCCGCCAAGGGGGUGUCGGAAUCAUACGGUGCAAUUCUAGAUCUUUUUGAGACCCUCAAGGACUUUCUUGGCCGGCUCAAGAUAUAUAGUCGAGGAAGCCUCGAACCAGAACUUCAAUCAAAAGUAGCCGAAAUCCUGGCAAUCUUGCUUCAGGUGUUCGGCCAGUCAGCGAAAGUCAUCAAACGCGGCUCCCUUGGACGCGUACUGCAUUUCACCAAAAAUGCUUUACGAGGACAAGAUGAAACGCUACAGGACCUUCUGGGCAAGCUUGACAGACUCUGUCAAGGCGAGCACCGGCUGGUUGCCGCCGAGACGUUGACAGAGGUGAAGAAAACGGGGCACAUGCUUAGAAAUAUGGGUCAAGCAGCGGAACAAACAAAGACCAUUGUCGAGGAUACCCAUAUUCAGAUGGACCAGGUUAGCUCUGGUCUUCGGGACUUACGCGAUGAGUUCCGCCAGGGGAUGCAAGAUGUGGUUGAUACGAAAACACAGCGGAACAUCGACCGCAUAAAAGGUAUUUUACAGCCGUCUGUCUACCCACGAGAUAUGUAUCGGCGGAUUGCCAAGCUGCGUGUUCCAGGUACUGGGGACUGGAUUCGCAAUGAACGACUAUUCCAGAAGUGGAUAGGGGAGUGUGACAAGCCGGUGCUAUGGAUAUCUGGAAGCCCAGGAAAUGGCAAGACUUUCAUCGCACAGAACAUCAUCUCAUUCCUGCAGGACCAACCUCUCAAUUCUUCAUCUCCUAUUUCUGUCGGAUAUUUCUUUUUUAGAGAUAGCGACCCAAAGACAAGAAGUUUCCAUCUUGCGUUGAGGGACAUGGCAUUCCAAAUAUAUCAGAACGACCCUCUGUAUAGAAAGUAUAUUGAUUCCAACUGUCACUCACCUGCCGAAAUCGAGACCAUUCAGAGCACGUGGCAGACUCUUUUUGAGGACUAUUACUUCGACACUAGUCAGCGAAGAGAUCAUAUUGCAUUAUUGGUCUUUGAUGGUGUUGAUGAGGCAUUCAAAAACGAUCGCCAAACAUUCUUGGAAUUGUUGUCAGACGCCGAGAAUGCUUCCAAUCCAUUCAGCAUAAGGAUUCUUCUAGUUGGUCGGCCAGAAAUAUUGGACGAUAUUGCAGACGCUUUGGAAGAAACUGUGCCAACAAUCCACGUGGACUCAUCGAAGAAUUCAACGGAUAUCGCGACUUACGUGCAAAACCGAAUCCAUAAAUCGCGUGUGCUAAGUCGGGUUCCAGAGCUACAACGACUAGAAAUCGAGACUACACUAAUAGAGAAGUCCCAGGGAAUGUUUCUCUGGGCUGAUUUGAUGCUCAGGGAGCUGAACACAAAAACUAGGACUAGUAGCAUCCUAGAAAGCCUGAACAAAGCGCCUAAAGGGCUGGAUAAGAUGUUGCAACACGUCCUGGAGACAUUUAGUGACAUACUGUCUGAAGAGCAAGCGGCUGAUCUCAAUACCAUACUUAUGUGGGUGACGUGCGCAGACAGACCCCUAACUGUGCGCGAGCUUAAUGAGGCGUUGGCACUAGAAUCAGAAUAUGGUGAUCGUAUUCUUGAUCUAGAAACGACUCUGCGUACACAAUUUGCUUCAUUAUUCCUUCUCAAUCGAGAGGACGGAUUAACCACCGCAGAUCUGCAAAGUAAGGGGAUGUUCUCGGACGAGAACGAGUCAGACAGCGAUGGGACGUCGGAGCGGGAGCAAGAGCAGAGUUUCAGUUCACAGCCGUAUACAACUACGGUAGUCUUCUGCCACGCAUCGAUUGGCGACUACUUGCGCAAUCCAAGUCAUUCGAAGGUAUGUGCAGGCGACAGUUCCAUUAGGGUUGGUGUCGACAUCGUCCAGGCGCGAGCGACUACGUUGAAACUGUGUCUGGAAUGGAUAGUUUACCGUCCUGCAGCCGGAGCCUAUUAUAUGAUAUCUGGAGUAUAUUCAUAUGCAGUUCGCCAUUGGACCAAUCACUUGAAACAAGUGGUCAAUCACCUACCCAGCGUUGAUGCACAGGAUAAAGGAGAAGCUGGAAUUUUACUUUGCCAAAUACUUGGGCACGUUGAUUUGGGAAUGUUCGAGGAGAAUAUUUUGCACAUUAUCAAAGUCAUUAGUCGCGAAAACAUGGAACUCAUCGCUACAUUCCUUGCUGAUAAAGAGUUUAUCGAUAAGAUCGAAAAUGAAGAUAUGUGGAUAUGGAUACAGGAAUGCUUAAGAACACCUGCCCAAGUCUUCGUGCCCCUGGCCCGUGAAGCGGCUAGAGUGUGGCUUGUGGAAAAUCAAUAUAGCAUUCGAGUACCUUAUGAAUGUAUGAAGGCAAUUUUGAAUGUGGUUACCCUGUUGCAGGGUGGGAAUACCGAAAACAAGCCUGAAUCUCCAUCCAUCGAAACAGUGCUUGUAACGGCUAGAUGGGCGCAACUAGAAGAAGAUGCAUGCUGGUGUGAACAAGUUGGGUUAUGUCUCCAGCUUUUGGAGCAUUAUGACGCCGCUAUUGAAUAUAUGGAGUCCGCGUUAAAGCUGCAACCAAUUCGGUGGACUGCCAAAAAGAAUCUCGCAGAACUUUAUGGGAUCCAGGGAAGGCUGGACGAUGCAAUCCGGCUGCUUAAGGAGUGCGAGUCACGGUAUGAGGAGCUGAAGUUGGAAAACGAGGACCGUGAGACGACCGAUCCUGAAUUUGUCCUUUAUAUGGACGUAGCUAGUGUUCGCUACAGCAUAGGGAUAAGCUACGCCCGACAAGAAGACUGCGAAAAUGCUCUUCACUGGCUCUACUGCGUUUGCUUGGAUCUUGACGACCGGAGCAGCUAUUACAUUUUCAAAGCCCUUCCAGCCGCUCUCCGGAUCCUGCUUUCAUUACCCGAGCCAAACUAUAAGGGGAUAAUGCAACUAAUCAAGAGCCUGGACGAAAGGCACUUUUACGGCACAUCGUUUCUCUACGACUGUUUUAAUGAUAACUUGAACAACGCACACUUUUUCUCAACACUUGCAGUUGCAGCCAAGGAAACCGGUGAGUUGCAGUGGCUGGAGAGUAAAUAUAAAGGGUCGAUGGCCUGUUUUAAAAUGAGAGAUGUUACAGUCAUGUGUCUUGAAGAAUCCUUGGCAUACCUGUACUACAAGUUUUUGAAUGAGGAAGAUAAGACUCUUCUCAUUUGGAAUAGGCUCAUGACCAAGCGCAGAACCCCCUUGGCGCUUCAGUACGGCGAUUAUGUCACGUGUAAGAAUCGUGUCUGCUCGGAGAAGUCAUUUCGUCUGUUCUCCAGAGCUUUAAAUACAAAUGAAGAAUUACAGCCUGCCAUCAUACAAGAGCUUGAGAAAAUUUGCAUGGAUGCUAUGUCUACACUGUUAGGCACCGAUGCUCUUUUGGGCAAUCUCUCGGCCAUGUAUAUGGGAGUCUGGCACCGAAUUCAUGGCCGAGAAACGCAUGCGAAGGAUUACUUCAAGCCCUAUAUUAAGCAGGCACUGCAGAUGCUCUGUGAUGUAUAUCCAUAUAACGACAUGCCUGUCUAUAUUUCUCUGGGAAGGGUACUUGCUAUGGCUGGUGAUAAUGACGACGCUAUAGCCGCUCUACAAUUUGCUCAUACCAAAUUGCCAACUCGAGAUGAUACUUCGACAUCUGAAGGACACCACAUGGUAUCUCCGUGGCUUGUAUAUGCCGAGGUCGACGUACUGUGGCACUGUGAUAUCUGCCUUAGAGCAUGGGGAAACUUGAUCCAUUCCAACGUCUGCUGCUAUUGCGGUGCGACACUCUGUCAGGCAUGCCUUAAUAACAUGAAAAAGGAGUCUAUUCCUACCCACGCAUGUGACCCUAGUCAUGAAUGGUUAAAUAUUCCUGCGCCAACGGCUCUUCCUGGAGAAAAUGAGAUUAUACGUGGGGUAGAGGUGCUUUCUACUGACGAAUUCAUAUCUCAGCUGGAACGAGCCUGGACAUGA